GCGUGUUCCCGCUCUGGUGGCACAAUGCCCGCCCCAACCUUGGCAUACCAAUGGCAGCGCGGACACCUCGCAUCCCCCGGCACCAGGCACCGCGCCACCACCGCACCGCGACCGGUCGGCCGGCCUCACCACAGGAGCUGCCUGCAACUCCGCCCGUCCGCUCUCCGGCGAUGUUCAGCCUUGCAGGAGGCCGCCGCCCGGAUCGAGACGCGCGAUGUGCCACAGGAUGGCGACGGACUCGAAGACGCAGCCCUCCUCUGUCUGCAGCGCGGGGUAGCGGCCGCACUGACCAAAAUUACAGCGGCACCUCCUCCAUCCCGUUCUCGCGGCCAAACCAUCACGGCUUGAGCGCCACUGGCAUGUUGGCGAGGGCCACCGCCACCAGAACACUCGUGCGUGCACGCGUCCUCAAAGGUUCACACCGCUUCACAGCGUGA